UUUUUCUCUCUUAAAUAUAAGAUUGCAGCAGUUGUAGCAACAUUCAACAAAUUUGUUUUAUCGAGGACGUGAAAAAUUAAAGGAAAGAAAAUGGCUCUUUUAUCUGUAAAAGUUUUUUACGUAGAGAAUAAGUCAACGAAAGAAAUUCGAAAGUUCAGUGUUGAUGGAGACGUUUAUGAGAAUUUUGAAUAUCUUAUGGCAAAAAUUCGACAAGUAUUUCCUGAUUUACUGAGAAAAGACUUAGAAUUAUUCUGGAAAGAUGAUGAAGAAGACUAUAUCUCUAUUUCUUCAAAUGAGGAGUUAAUACAAGCCAUUCAUGCUCUACCUGAAAGGGCAUCUUGCCUGAAGCUCUUUGUCAAAGUAAAGCAACUUGACAAAGAAAAAACAAAUAUAAAUGAAAAACACCCUGGUGUAGUAUGUGACGAAUGUAAUUUAGAAAUUAAGGGCAUUAGAUACAAAUGCUUAGCUUGUUUUGAUUAUGACAUUUGCUCUUCCUGUGAAGCUAAAGGUCUACAUCCUGAUGAGCACGAAUUGUUAUGCAUAAAGAAGCCAAGGUCAUCUUCAUCCUACUUUGUUAUGAGACCUGGUUUUCCAGGAGGUGCAUUCAGAGGCAGAGGUGGACCUGGUGGCUGUAGGGGAGGACCAUUUGGUCAACAAGGAGGAGCUUUCAAGGGGCGAGGAGGUGCUUUUGGUGGACGAGGUGGGCCAUUUUGUGGACGAGGAGGGCCAUUUGGUGGACGAGGUGGGUUAUUUGGUGGACGAGAAGGGCCAUUUGGCGGACAAGGAAGGCCAAGUGGCAGAUGUGGAGGAUCAUGUGGCAGGCAAGGGGGAGCUUGUAAUGGAAAACGACCAUUUGGUGGGGAAGGAAAACCGUGGUUUGGACAUGGACACUGGGGUUGCCAUGGAAUGGGUAUGUUUGGUAAUGGUGCAGAUGGGCACUGCGUUGAAGGUGCUGAUUCAAAUGAAAAUAAAGAUUCAUUUAAAGGUAAUCCUUGUUGGGGACCAGACUGCAAAAGUCAGUUUGAGGAAAUACUUAAAAAUUUGGCUACCAUGUUUGGUUUUGAUCCAGAAGUUGCAUUCAGUCAGUUUAACUCCAUCUUUAAAAACUGUGAAGAGGAACAUGACAAUGAAAAAGGAAAUGAUGAAUCUCAACAGCAAUUUGAGAAGGUCCUUGCUCACAUUGCCCAAAGUUUUGGAUUAGACGUUGAAGUUUUAAAGCAAACAGCACAAUCAAUGUUGUCAAAUUUGUUUCCAGUGCAAGAAAACAAUGAAUGUCCACAGAAUGAUGACAACAAAGAAACAAAUAGUGGCGAAGAAAAGAAAACAGAAGAGACAUCUGGCAAUGAAGACGUGAUGGAGACGGAAGUGGAACACACAACUGAGGAGGCCAGUGGUGACGCCGAAUCUCAGGAAAUGCCCUUACCACAAAAGUCUGAAGACUUUAUUGUCGUGGAAAGUAAGCCAGCUAAGGAAAACAAGCCAGCUGAGGAAAGUUUAACAGAAAAUCAAAAGUACGAACUGCGACUGGGAAAAGCAAUUCGUCAAAUGGAAGCCAUGGGGUUUGACAAUGAUGGUGGAUGGUUACGUCAGCUGUUGGUUUCUAAGGAUCUCAGCAUCGGAAGAGUUCUGGAUGCUUUAAAUCCAUCUAUGUAAACACGGAGCCAGCUAAAUAUAAACAAAAUGCAAUGAUUUAGCCUUAUUUAAAAGUUUUACUAUUUUUAAUGUUUAAAUAUUGAUGUGCUUUUCGAUUCCCGUGCUUUUUUUUUUUUGAGUGAUUGAGUUGUUGUUUUUUUAUCUUGUCUCUUUUUAAUACAGUAUAAUACAGUAUAAAAUAUGAAGGUUAUAAUGUUCAAGGGUUUUUCCUGCCUAAAAAGUAUGCCAUUGCCAUAAAUAGUAGAGCAAUUGUCAUUUAUUGUUGGUGUAGUGUGUUUUGUAGCGAUAUAUAUGUUACGUAGAUAAAAAUAAAAAAUAAAAAAAAUAAAAAAAAGUUUAAAAUAUGAAAAAUGUAAAAAAAUUACGUAUACAGUAGUACUGUAAAUCAUUUAUUUGAAAAUAAAAUUUCUUGUACUUUA